CAUGAACACACCCACUCAGCAGCAGCUGCAGCGCAAAGCCAUGUUGCCCGUGUGGAUUUACUAUCUCGCAUUGAAACUCGAGACAGAUGGGGAAACAGCGCGGCUGAACCGUUUUAUCGUGAACAACAUCAAUGAAUUACCGGCUGCUACUACUGAUCUUGCCCCUCUUGUUAAUGAGCGGGAGAGGAACAAAAUGCGGCAGGAGCUGCAACACAACCACACAGGCAAUGAAGUCGAUCUGGAGCACGUUCUCGCGGCCAUCACACGUGACCGGUUGACCGCCCCGCAUUACUACGAUAUCGUAGAAAAGUUACAGUUUCAGCUCAGCCAAGAGCGGACGUUCUUGCGACAAGCACAGGCAGGAUAUCAUGACCAUGACCAUGAUCCGUCUACUUCUGGGUCUUCCACUUUCUCCUCACUCCGCCGGCGGAAGAGGUACCAGGAAAAGCUGGAGUUAUUUCGGAGAUAUCUGGC